CAUUGACGCCAUUUUGAUAUUUCCUAUUUGUGCUUGUUACCCUGUUCUGUUUGAGUGUAAUUUUGUGAAAAAGUUAUGAUAUAUUUUCUCUGAAGUUAUUAUUGCUUAAUGAUUCUUAUACUCAUUUUGUGUAGUGCUUAAUAAAAAUGCCUGAAAGUAGAGACAGUUAUAAACGAGAGAGCGACUCAGCUGAUAGAGAGGAAAGGAGAAAAAGACGGAGAUCGAGAUGGGGAGGAGAUGAGAAAGAUAAAGCUUUCAUUCUUGGAAUGCCAACUGUGCUUCCUACAAAUCUCAGCAAAGAGCAGGAGGAAGCAUAUCUUUUACAACUGCAGAUUGAGGAAGUGAGCAGGAAGCUUAGGACUGGAGAAUUGGGAAUUCCACCGAAUCCUGAGGACAGAUCACCUUCCCCGGAGCCUAUCUACAGCAGUGAUGGAAAACGGUUGAAUACCAGAGAAUAUAGGACCAAGAGAAAACUGGAAGAAGAAAGACAUAAUCUUAUCCAGCAAAUGUUGAAACUGAAUCCAGAUUUCAAGCCGCCUGCAGAUUACAAACCUCCGAUUAUACGAGUGAGUGACAAAGUUAUGAUUCCGCAAGAUGAUCAUCCAGACAUAAACUUUGUGGGUCUUCUCAUUGGACCAAGAGGAAACACUUUGAAAUCGAUGGAAAGAGAUACAGGAGCAAAGAUCAUAAUCAGAGGAAAAGGAUCGGUGAAGGAGGGAAAGGUUGGCCGCAAAGAUGGACAGCCGCUGCCGGGGGAGGACGAGCCGCUGCAUGCCUAUGUCACCGCCAACAACCCUGAAUGUGUCAAGAAAGCUGUAGACAAGAUAAAAGAAAUAAUUCGACAAGGAGUUGAAGUGCCUGAAGGCCAGAACGACCUACGUCGUAUGCAAUUGCGUGAACUGGCUCUUUUGAAUGGCACAUUGCGGGAAAAUGAUGGACCUCGAUGCUCCAAUUGUGGUUCAUCUGAACAUAAGUCUUGGAUGUGUCCCGACAAGCCGAAUGUGACUAACAACAUAGUGUGUUCGAGCUGUGGCGGCGCCGGCCACAUCGCCAAGGACUGCCGACAGAAGCGACCCGGCGUCCGCGACCCCACCACUGUCACGCACGACAAGGCCAAGAUCGACGAGGAGUACAUGUCUCUGAUGGCAGAGCUGGGCGAAGGUCCGCCACCAGCAGUGAGCAGCAGCAGCUCGGACAGGAGUCACGUGAUCAGCUCCAGUGUAGGUCUGUUCGACAGGCAAAUGGCGCCAAGGGCAAUCACUGCAGCACCACCCACCGCUCUCACACUGCCGCCCCCGACCUGGCAGACCGCCCCUCCCACUCUCACAACCAACAUCCCGCCACCCAGCUUGAACCUGCCUCCGCCCAUCCAGACCCAACAGCCGCCUCCGCCGCCGCCCCCUCAGCCUCAACAGCAGCAAGUGAGCAUUCCUUCGCUGCUCUCUUGGAUGCCUCCGCCGCCCCCAAGGCCUAUCCCACCCCCAGUUGCCACCACAUCUGCCCUGCCGCCCUGGCAGCAGAGCAUCCCUCCCCCCACACAGCCACCCCCCACUGCAGUACCCCCCUUCUGGACUCAGAACUUUGUUGUUCCGCCGCCUCCGGCUACCACCUCCGUCCCGCCUCCAAACACUCAGCCGCCAUCAGUGCCGCCACCGCCUUUUCACAACCUAUUCCACACUCAACCUCCUCCACCCAACAAGUCCUAAACGAUGGUACUGCCUUAUACAAUUAAAACUUUUGCUGGAUAAUGUCACUGUUUGUAGUUCAUGUACAUCGUCGAAAUUUGUAGAACAUUAAAUUGAAAUCAUUAUCACA